AUGUACGGAGAUCCCUCCUUGACUGCUUUGGAACCCGGCGCCCGGGUAAAUCUCGUGGUCUUGGUUUCGGCAAGUGAUAUUCAUGGAAGCACCCUCACGACGCUUUGGCACUCAGAGACUUGUCGCUGCCAGGGUUCGUUUCAGACCGGCGAGGUUUUGACCAUGUACGGAGUCCAGUAUUCAGGGUGCAAGGGAGACACACAUUAUCUCUGUGCCCUCACCGACACUUUGAUCAUCCCACGGCCACCGGUGAACGGAGACUCGUACCGAUUGAUCAAGGACAUAGGUGCAGGCAUCGGCGGCAUGGCCUUGGGCACCCUCCUCUUGGGUGGCCAUUGUAUUGCUUCACUUGAUCGCAACGCCAUCGCAUGUGCAACUUUGCGCCGCCAGUUUGAUACUGUGCUUGAAGGAGACAUAGCUUGUGCAGCCAUCCGACAACAGUUGCAUCAGGUGCAAUCGGAGCAUCGCUGUCUGGUUGGCGCCAGCCUAUCCUUUAAGGGGUUUCUUUCGGGUUUGGGUUCGGGGUCUAUCGGUCCCACCGGCUUCCCUCUUGUGCCUCUUUUACAGUUUGUGUGGCAUUCACAAGCCAGCGGGCUCGUCUUGGAAUGUGAUCCACAAUUUCUUCAGCAUGAGGAGGUGCAAAUGACUUUGCGAGCUUUCGCCUCCAAAGCAAGCUACAGCUUUUCCCAGACUGUUCUGGACUUGUCGCACCAGUGGGCGUCUCAGCGCACUAGAUGGUGGGUGGUUUUGCUCCCCAUCCAUUUGCCUGGCUUCCGUCUGCAUGCCUGGCCUCACUCUGGUGAGCCAUGGCUGGUUAAGCAUGUCCUCGCUGAACUGCCUUCAUGGCCAUUGGCUGAGGAACAGGCUUUGGAAUGGACCGCCGAGGAACAAGAUGCCUACGACAAUCCAGCCUAUGGCGGCUCGGACAGAACGCUUGUGAGUACUGCCCCUGCUCCCCUCGUGCAGCACAGUUGGGGAAAUGCCCUGCAACCGUGUCCUUGUGGCUGUCGGCAACAGCCACUCAGUGAAGAAUGCCUACGCCUGCUUGGGCUUCCAGGGGUAGGGGUGCCUUCGACAGUUACUGGGGCCAUGCGUUUCCUACAUCCCAAAGAGGUCGGCCUCCUCAAUGGUUUGCUCCCGACCCACCCGUUACCUGCCGGUGCCAGGACAGCUUUGUGUUAUGUGGGCCAGCUAACUUCGCCAUUGCAGGCUCUUUGGGUUCAGGCCUACAUUAUGGCGUGGGCGACUGAGGUUUUCGGCGGGCAAUGUGAGGCCCCACUCUCCAGUGUGCAACGGUACCAACAACAGCUUCUGACAGCCCGACAGGACUUCCUGCUCACCAAAGCACAGCUCAGUGGUGGCACCAUAUCGGUGCAGGAUACGGCCGGCCCUCGCACGAUAUCUGUUGAUGGUCCCUGUACCGUCCAGCAGCUCCUCAGCCUUGAAGCCGCCAGCCUAGCUCCGGGCUACAAACUGCUUCUUUGUCUUGAGGGACGCACUUUACCGCCGGCAGCCUUCUUGCACCCACUGCCACAGGGCCCUUGUUACACCUUGGUGUCUGCUGUCAAACGAGCCAGAAAGGUCACGGUACCUACCACAACCGAGCCCCAAGGACCGACUUUGACACAGUGUACUGCGCCGGACCGUGCCCUAGCCCCUGCUUGCAAUGCCACUCCCCGUGGAGACUCCCAAGUCUCAGUGGCCCCUUCCGAACCCCCUGUUCUCGCAGUGCCCGCUUCUUGCGCUAUGGAGCUGCAUCUAGCGCCGCAUGGAAAUGACUCCUGCUCUGAUGCAGCCUUGUGGUGUGGGCUGUGGCAAAUCAUUGAGAAUUCAUCCACCUCUCCGGUGCUGUUGCUUCCUCCGAAAGUGGCGGCCGAGCUUGAACGGCUAUCAUCUGCGACAGCUCAGAGUUGGAGCCCAGAGGGCACGCCCUUCUUCCCAGCAGGGCAAAUCGUUUUGGCCCCUUUUGUGCACCAGGACGAUUGGACCCUGCUGACUCUUCGAAUUGGGGUCACAAGCAUCUCUGCCGAGAUCUUUGAUGGAAUUCCUGGCAGGAACACCGACUAUGCGAGUCGCUUGGCCACGGUGCUUUGUGCUUUUGCGGGACGUCGCCUCCAGACCCUCUCUGAGACUACGCUCUGGGUCCAAGAAGAUCCACACUCCUGUGGAGCCAUCGUCAUGGCUCAUGCAUCCAGCUUGCUGUCAGGUACGCAGGCUCCGCAUCAACUGUCUGAUGCACGGUGCUUCUUGAGAGCGUUCCCUCCUUUGCCUUCAGCCUUGCUUGGCAGAGGUGGCCUUUCGGCAGAUCAGGAAAAAGAACUCAAGGCGAUCUUGGUCAAUAAAGGGGUGCCCCAGUCUGCUGUUGCCGAGCGCUUGAAACUUGCUGUUGCAAAGUUGGGUGCAGGCCCUAUUGCUGAGGCCUUGCAAAGUCGAAACGUUUGGCAGUCGCUCAAGGCUAUUGCCUCCCGACCAGGUGCAGCAUCCUUGAAGUGGGUACAGCCCGACGAGCUACAAGCCCACAUUGAGCAGCGCGCCCAAGAGCGCUUUGGUGCAGACAUUUCCCGUGCCAAGGCCAAGAAACAAAAAGCACCGAAACGGCACUUCCAGGCCCCACUCCAUGUGGACCCCUUACAGCUUCUGCUGGCGCCGGGAAGUUUUGUGUCUGGCUCGGGUAGCCCACUCGGGCAACUGGCCUUCAAUGAAGUUGCUGCGCAAGCUACCGGAGUUUGCUUCUGCACAUGCGCGCAGGCCUCACCCUUCCUGACUGAGUCGCGCAACUUGAGUGUUGAUCCAUUGGCCUUGAUCACUACGGCCGGCCGAGCUGCCCCAGGAAACUCCGAGCUUGGCGCGCAUAUCUGCCCUAAGGUAUCCUGCCAUCUUCGCUCCCACACAGGAAGCUAUCCUUGUCGCUGGUUCUCUGAUCCAGCUUGGGGACGAAGCAGUGCAACUUGCAUCAGCAGACAUUGCCGAAGUUGCAUCCCUUUCGUGUGCAGGGUAAGCCUCUACCGAGAUGAGUGUAAAGUUCCCUGGGACCAGAUAGCCUCGGCCCCUGUCCGGGUUUUACUUCAACAAGUGCCGGAGUUCCAGGUCUGCAAAAACCCAGCUUGCGACCAAACCUGUGCAGCUUUCCAUGCAGCCGUCGACGAGAUCGUUGAUCACUUGUUUCUUGAUGUAUGGGCCCGUCAGUGGAGCAAAUUGUCAGGCGGCAAGACCAAAGCUGCCGAUGCCGAGGUGUUUCAAACCUUUGUGCGUAUGCCUUCUUCUGCCCUGCCGCAUGUCUUUCUGGCCCCCUUUCCAGGGCUCUACGUUGAGCCUCGAGCUGCCGACGGCUCGGAACCGCAUGGCGCUUGGGCAGUUGUCUGGCUGCCGGGACACACGGCGACGCAAGCAUCGCAUCUCUUGAAAAUCACAGAGAAGGCUGUGGCCCUCACCAGGCUAGGCAACAAAUUUGGCCUCCGCACAAAAGAAGCUGAUGAACAAGCAGUCUUCGAGGCUCUGCGACCCAGCCACCAAUUCAUCAAGGUCCGCAUCGUUGCGAGAUAUCGGCUGCACCCGCUUCCACACGGCUUCCAAUGGCACAACCUUCAACAGCAGCUCAAGCAGUGGCAGUGGAAUGCCAAGCCACUCCAACCCGACAGGGGUGAUGCAAGCGGGAGUGCAUGGAUCAUUGGUGCCUCUGGAGAGCCGCCGGCUCCGGCCCUACCUUUGGGCUCCGGCGAUGUGCUGGCGACUAAAAUCAAGGACAUUGGCCAGCCCCGAACAGCACCCUCAACGGUGUGCGCCUCCACGCGGACCAAAAAAGCUUUGAUUUAUGACGACAAUGAUGAGGAGUCGGGGCCUACCGACCCUUGGUCCGGUGGUCGCGAUCCUUGGUCCACCAAUCGUCCUGCAGCAAGUGCCCCGGUGCCGGCGUCUUCAUCCACAGAAUCUGCAUCGAAGUUUUCGCAGCUUGAGGCUGGUCUCAAACACGACCUCAAGGCCUUGGUACAAAGUGCCUUUGAUGAACGGGAUGCUGCCGGUCCUCCGCCGGGCCUUAGCGACCAAGAUCAGCGGAUUCAUGCUCUCGAAACAGCUGUCAGCGAGAUGACUCAUCAAAGUGCGAAAUUCGAAACAUGGUUUCAGGGUUUCGGCACCAAGGUUGCCGAUCAAGCAACCCAGCUGACCACCUUGCAGUCCACCGUCGAGGCACAGCAAGUUGAAUUAGGUCGUGUGAGGUCUGGGGUCCAACAGACGGUUCAGGCUUCUGUCGCUCAGCUGCAAAGCGAUCUUACCACCCAGAUGGCAGCCCAACUUGCCGGACAGAUGGAACAGAUCGAAGCCCUGCUGCCGUACCAGCCGCUCUUCUGGGCUUUCGAGUGGGCUGGGAUUCAUGCAACGCCCUUCAAUCUUCCGGCUUUUCUUCGCAUUGGUGCACUGUUGUAUUGGGUUCCUCAGUGUCCCUCUCGGCCAGCGGAUCAUCCAGGACCGCCCUCGGCUUCUGACUUCUGCAUCAGCACAAGCAAUCCCUCCGGCUUGCGCUCCAAAGAGCCUCAUUACAUCGAUUGGGGAGUCGGUGUACACUGUUUCGCUGAAACACAGCUUUCAGCUGUCUCCUUGCCGGGCUGCAGACAACAUUUUCGCUCCUGCGCGCGAGCCGAUGGCCGCAUUGCCCGCAUCCUUUCCGGUGCCCCCGCCCCCCUUCGGGUCAACAGCCAGUGGGCGGGAUCCUGGACCGGGGUUCUUCAAGUUAGUGAUGUGCCCUGCAGUGCACAUAAUGUUUCCUGGCCACUGGGCCUCUUCGAGACAGGACGAGUCCUCCAAGCCAAGCAUUACCAUCCUGCGAUUCCUCUGCUGAUCGCCACGGUGUAUGGGUACCCUCAGGGGCCAACAUGGCCCAAUGCCCAGUCCAGCACGGACUCCAUGCUUUGCACACUCACCAAAGAAGUAGUCUUUGGCUCUCGUGGGUUUCGGGUGAUAUGUGGUGACUUCAACCAUGACCUCGAGUGUUUGCAACAGUGCAAUUUGUGGAAGGCCCAGGGCUGGAUUGAGGCGCAGGACUUGGCACAUCAACUCUGGAAUGUUGCUCCUCGCCCCACGUGCAAGCAUGCCACUCGUCGGGACUUCUUGUGGCUGUCGCCAGAGGCUGCAUCUUACUGCACAUCAGUGUCGCUACGCGACUGGUUUGCCAACUUCUCUCGCGCCACCGAGCACAGCCUCCAGGGUUUCUUGCCCGACUUCCCCAAUGGUCGCCCACCAUCUGGAUGUUUUGGUCGCGGCCAACGCACACAGCCGCAGGUUUCCACCUGCUCCCCAAAGCCUCUCAAACCCAGCCGGCCUGGUGAGGCAGCUAUGUGCCAUGAUGGACUCGGCGCUGAAGUUCGACGGUGGUUUCAACAACUUCGCCGAUUGCAAUCCUUGCUGCAUGCGGUUCGAGCAGCUAGUGUCGCUCCGUCGGCCCAAUCCUACCGCCUUUCUCUUUGGCAAGCCAUCUGUCGAGCUCGUGGAUUUCGGGGUGGUUUCCCUCGAUGGUGGCAAACACGGCCCGUUCAGCUAAUUGGCAGCCCUGCAUCGUUGCCUCAAGGCGUCCCUCAUGCUGACCUCGCCCGACUGCUGCAUGACGAUUUCCGGUGCAAUUAUAGAAGGUUUGAGGCCUGGCACCUUAGAAGGCGAGCACAGGUUAUUGACGCCAAGUACGACAAGUCUCUUGCCCAACUUUUCCGUGAGCUCCGGGCACCCGCCCCCGAACAGGUUGACUCACUUACCUUCCGCCGCGAAUACGCCAUUUUGGCUGUCGCUCCGACGGGUGACCAGCUGCACUUGGAUCGCCCCCCUGACCUUCGGGGUAUAUCAACUUGGACUUUGGACGGAGAACAGGUUCAGCCUGUAGCAUUUGAUGGCGACUUGUGCACUCUGGCAUCCCCUGCAUGUGCUGCCAGCUGUGAACUUGAGCAAGUACAGACAAUCUCUUCCGCUGCUGACCUCCACUCUGAAUUCGUUGCCUACUGGGCGCCCCACUGGCAAUCCCAUGCGUCCGAAACACCUUCCGACUGGCGCGGAUGGGCACGUCAAGACUUGCUCAAUCUGCCACUCGAGCGCACCAUUGAGCUCAUUGCCUUCUUGACCUCGGUGGAACAGGGCACAAACUCGUGGCCCAGCCAAAUGAUCCUUGGAUUUGUAUGUCUGUUGUGUAAGGGCAACGGGCGCACUGACACCCAGGGCUUUCGCCCCAUCUGCCUCUACAGCAUCAUUUACCGCACCUGGUCAGGCAUUCGCUCCCGUCAGGUUCUUGCAAGCUUGUGCACUUUGGUCCCCGAGGGGCAGCUCGGGUUUCUGCCGGGUCGUGAGGCUAUGGAGCUAUGGUAUUCUGUUCAGGUUGACAUUGAGCACUGCUGCCAGACUUCCACUCCUCUCACCGGCAUGUCCACCGACACCCGCCGUUGCUUCAAUCACCUGCCCCGCCUGCCCUUGCUUGCCAUGGCCAAACACGUGGGGGUCACUUCAAAUGCGGGCUUUCCCGAGGGCUGCCCAUUGAGUCCGGUGGCCAUGGCCUUGGCCGACUGGGCCUUUCAUGCUUACAUGAAGGCGUUCGCCCGCGCGGUGCGGGCGCUAAGCUUCGUUGACAACUUGGCCUGUACAGCCACCUCACCUGCACAACUUGUGAAGGCGGCUCACUUGGUCAACUGCUUCACGGACAUGCUCGACCUGCAGCUUGACCCAUCCAAAACCUACACCUGGGCUACCACUGCCCCCACACGUCAAGCAUUGCAGACCGUUGUGAUGACCUGGAUCCUACCUGGGCAGCCCUUCGCAUUGCAUGGCAUUGCCGGCUGCCCCAUUGGCGAUGGCCAAUUAAUUGAACCGUUGUCCAUCGCGCCGGACAUGACCGCUGACCCAGGCUUCUACCAACUAUGGGCAUGCGCCCGCGACCUGCGCCGAAUGGCGGGUAAACUGCCGAAUUUUGUGGGCCAAUGGAGACAACUCAUGUCUCUUUACGACGGGAGGUCCUUACAGGGCCCUUUCUCCAAGCUGGUUGCGGUCCUCUCGCAGGUCGGCUGGUCCAUUUUGCAGCCGCCAUGGCUCUUGGACCAUGAAGGUCUUCGGCACAACUUUUUGACCGUCCCACAGGCCCUACUCAGAAGAUUGUUGGAGAACGCAUGGCUGCAGUUUGUGGCUCGUAACCACCUUCAUCGGAAGACUAUGUCCGAUCUCGACGGUUUAGAUCCGGCUUUGCUGUGCGCCGACACUUCUCGGCUGAGCGCCCUUGACAAUGCUCGUUUGGCCUCCGUUCGAUCGGGCGCCUUCCUUUUCGGGCACAUGCACUCCCACUACGAUCUCACCAAGUCUGGUGCUUGUGCACUGUGUGGAGUGCCUGAUACCGUUGAACACCGGAUCCGGGUUUGCCCCGCCAAUGAAGCACUCCGUGCGGGACACGACUGGCUCUGGGAACGAUGGCCAACUUUGCCGGUCGCUUUGACCCACCAUCUCCUCCCACCGGCAAACCCACACCUGCCGCGAUUCCGACUUCUCCUUCAGCAUGUGACCGACACUUCGGGGAUCUUCUUCUGUUCGGGGUUUGGUAGUGGUUGGCAACACCUUUUCAGUGAUGGCUCCUGCCUGGAGCACCAGCAUGCAGACUUUGCUUUGGCCGGAUGGGGACUCGUCCACGCUCAGCAUCAAGCUGUCGUUUCCUGUGGACCACUACCAGGUCUUUUGCAAACCGUCCCACGCGCAGAACUUUUCGCGAUGAUUAGCGCCGCCAAGUGGGCUCUGCACUGCGGACUGCCUUGCAUUAUUUGGACAGACGCCUUGAAUGUUGCUAACGGUGUCCAGGCUUUGCAAGCAGGCCAAGGCUUGGACGACAUCGCCGACUCGGAUCUGUGGGAUCUUUUGGCAGGGUUACUGGACCAGCUGAGCCCCUCGCGCUUCUUGGUCAGACACACACCGUCGCACCUCGACACCAACCUCACCGAGGAACCUUUUGAAGAUUGGCUCGCCGCUUACAAUGGACACGCAGACCUGUUAGCCGGAUUGGCCAACCACAACAGGCCCCAACUCCUGGUUGACACUUACAAGGCAGCUUUGGACAACCACGAGGACGUGCUCCGGAUACUGCGAGUGCUUCGCUCCAUCUUCUUCGGAAUCGCUGAUGGACCAACCUCUGCAAGAUCCCAACAAGUGGCUCUGCCACCGGAGCCGGUGGAGUGGAUAGUGCGGGCACCCAGAACCGCACCGCGACAUCUGGAACUGGAUGAGGCCUUUCCACUCAACUGGAAGCAGAUUGUCCGAUCUUCGGGUGGCGUUCUCCCCAGUGAAUUCACAAGUGAGGUGUGUGAGUUUCUACUUCGACAAGACAGGCUGUCGGAGGAAGUGCACGAGAGCACUUGGCUUGAGCUUGUCUUCGCUCUUCAUCAUGAUAGUGACAUUCAGUGCCCUGUGUGUGAUUCGGAAGGCAAUUGGAUUCAUGCCAGAACAUUAUUUUUCAACCUCCUGCGCCAACAGUUGCCCGGCGGUUGGGUUUGCUUCGACGGGCUUUGA